AUGAGCAAAAUAAACCUUGCUGGGAAAGCCGUUUGUGUCACUGGCGGGAGUAGAGGCCUUGGCCUAGAGAUUGUAAAGGAGCUUGCAAAAAGGGGCUCCUACGUUCAUGUGAUCGGAAGGUCUCCCCAGUCCUUUGACCAUGAAAACAUAAGGUAUUACCAAAUAGAUCUCCUAAGGGAAAAGCCCGAUAUUGCAAUUCCAUUCGACAUUGUAAUAUCCAAUCUUGGAACAAGUGUUGGAAACAAGACAUUUGACGACAUGGAGUACACUGAGGUGGUGGACAUGCUGAAGUUGAAUGUGGAGCUACACCUAUGGCUGCUCAAGAACACUAGGUACAAGAAGUUUGUUUUUGUGAACUCCAUACUGUCACAGCAAGGCCUCCCAGGAUACUCCAUGUACUGUGCAUCCAAGUCAUUCAUCCACACACUGAACCAAUCGCUGAGGAGAGAAGGAAAAGACACAAUGAUCAUCUAUCCUUACAAGAUAAACACCUCAUUGUUCAGAGAAGUCAGAGACGUCUGGACACUCGAUGCAAACUAUGUGGCUGUGAGGCUUUUGAAUGACAUAGAAAACGGUGUUAGAGAGGACUUUGUACCCUGGAUAUUCAAGCCCAUUACCUUGCUAUCAAAGAUGGUUCCUAUGUUUGUUCAAGAUGCUCUUUCCAGCCUUGUGAAGAGAGUAUUUUACAGCCCAGAAAAAAAGAAUAAGUAA